AUGUGGCCCCCCCUUCCCUCCCCCCUUCCCGGGAUGUCGGAAGAAACCCGACAGAGCAAAUUGGCAGCUGCCAAGAAAAAGUUGAGGGAGUAUCAGCAGAAGAAUAGUCCUGGUACUCCUGCAGGAGUAAAGAAAAAACGGAAGAUCAAAAAUGGGAGUUGCUCAGAAACAACAGCUUCUCAUAGUUGUCACUCCCCUGAGGAUAUUCAGGACAUCCUGAAGGUGCUGGUGUCCGACCUUAACCGCUCCAAUGGGGUAGCACUCCCCCCAUUGGACAAGUGGCAGGCGCCCAAAGACCGCGCCACUCCUGCCACACCAACUAUUGAUGACACCGUGGCACCUGAUGGUGUCCCUUCGCCUUGUGCUAGUCCCCUUCGUGUUACUAGCAUGGCGUCAGUUCAGAGUCACGAUGCAGAAAAUGGCCCUUUCCUUACGGAUGAAAACGAAUGUCUGUCAUCUACCGAGAGCCUGCGACAACUUUCUCAGCAGCUCAAUGGUCUUGUGUCUGAGUCUUCAUCCUACGUCAAUGGAGAGGGCCUGUCGCCUGCUAAUAUGAAGGAUCUGGAGAGCCGGUACCAAGAGCUAUCACUAGCCCUGGACUCCAGCAAUCUAACAAACAAACAACUCAGUAACAAGAUAGAAGAAUUGAAGCAGCAAAACCAGGAAUCUUUGGACCAACUGGAAAAAGAGAAGAAGGAGUUUGAGCAGAAGCUUGCCAAGGAGCAGGGCUCCCUAAGGGAGCAACUGCAGGUUCAUAUCCAGACCAUAGGAAUUCUGGUGUCUGAGAAGACUGAAUUACAGACAGCCUUGGCACAUACCCAGCAGGCGGCCAGGCAAAAAGCAGGAGAAUCUGAAGAUCUUGCUAGUCGUCUGCAGUCUUCCCGCCAGCGCAUCGGAGAACUGGAGCGCACCCUGUCUGCCGUCUCCACGCAGCAGAAACAGGUGGAGAGGCACAACAAGGACCUAACCAAAGAGCGAGAUGCCCUGAAGCUGGAGUUAUACAAGAACAACAAAAACACCGAGGACCUGAAGGAGCAGAACUCGGAACUGGAAGAGAAGCUUCGGGUGUUGGUGAACGAGAAGGCGGGCAUGAAGCUCAAGAUGGAGGAGCUGCAGAAGAAGCUGGAGAUGUCAGAGCUUCUGCUGCAGCAGUUUUCUAGUGAAUCGAAACCCCACGAUAGCAGCCAGGAGUUACAGCAGGCCCUAGAGGAGCGGGCACGCCUGGAGGCCCGUGUGGGGCAGCUGAGCGAUUUACUGAAGCAACUGCAAUUUGAAAGAGACUGUUAUGUGGAGAAUCUGAAGGAGGACAGUGCUUACUGGCAAGACAAAAUGCGGCAAAUGUCCGAACAGAUGCACAAACUGAGGGACGAGAAGGAGCAUAGUGUGUGUCAGGUGCAGGAACUGGAGGCCAGCGUGGCCGAACUGAAGAAGCAGCUAGUGGUGCCUCCAGCCCCAGAGCCCCCAGCUGGGCCCUCGGAGGAGGAGCAGCGGCUGCAAAUGGAGGCGGAGCAACUACAGAAGGAACUGGAGAUCCUGGCGGGGCAGCUGCAGGCCCAGGUGAAGGACAACGAAGGUCUGAGUCGCCUGAACCAGGAGCAGGAGCAGCGGCUGCUGGAGCUGGAGCGCGCCGCCGAGUGCUGGGGGGACCAGGCUGAGGAGCGCAAGAGGAUCCUGGAGACCAUGCAGAGCGACCGUACCACCAUCAGCCGCGCGCUGUCCCAGAACCGCGAGCUCAAGGAGCAGCUGGCUGAGCUGCAGGACGGCUUCGUCAAGCUGUCCAAUGAGAACAUGGAGGUCACCACUGCGCUGCAGACAGAACAGCACAUCAAGAAUGAGCUGGCCAAGAGACUGGGCCAGCUGCAGGAGAAGCUGGGGGAGCUGAAGGAGACAGUGGAGCUGAAGAGCCGGGAGGCCGAGAGCCUGCAGCAGCAGCGCGACCAGUACGUGAGCCACCUGCAGCAGUAUGUGGCGGCCUAUCAGCAGCACGUGGCUGCCUACCAGCAACUGGCUUCGGACAAGGAGCUCCUGCAGAGGCAGGUCCUGGUGCAGACCCAGCUCAUGGACCGGCUGCAGAGCGAGGAUAUUGAGGUCAAGGUGGCGGCCGAGAAGGCCCGCCAAGAGUUAGAGGAGACCCAGGGACGCCUGGAAGCUGCCACCCAGCAGAACCAGCAGCUCCAGGCCCAGCUGAGCCUCAUGGCUAUGCCUGGAGAAGGAGACGGACUGGACGGUGAGGAGAAGGACGAGGCGGCUGCCCGUCCGAAGCUGAGCAUGCCAGAGGGCCUGGAUAGCCGAGAGGCCAUGGUGGCAUAUUUUAACUCGGCCUUAGCCGGUGCUGAGGAAGAGCAGGCCCGGCUGCGUGGGCAGCUGAAGCAACAAAAGCUGCGUUGUCGGCGCCUGGCUCACCUGGUGGCCCCCGGCCAAGAGCAGGAGGCAGGUGACAAGGCCCCUGGGAGCGGGGGCGACAGUGUGCCUGUGGAGACCCACCAGGCCCUCCAGGAGGCAAUGGACAAGCUGCAGGGCCGCUUCACGGCCCUCAUACAGGAGAAGGUGGAUCUGAAGGAGCGGGUGGAUGAGCUGGAGCAUCGGUGCAUCCAGCUUUCUGGAGAGACGGACACUAUUGGAGAGUAUAUUGCCCUCUACCAGAGUCAGAGGGCCGUGCUCAAGGAGCGGCACCGGGAGAAGGAGGAGUACAUUAGCCGGCUGGCUCAGGACAAGGAGGAAAUGAAGGUGAAGCUGCUGGAGCUGCAGGACUUGGUGCUUCGCCUAGUCGACGAGCGUGACAAAUGGCAGGGCAAGGCCGCUGCCCACAACCCUGCUGGGGAGCCUGCUGCGGCACCCCCAGCCCGAGAGCUUGGCGAUGCCAAUGGCCAAGGCGAUAUUCAAGAGGUGAACCUGGCCAACGAGGAGAGUGUGGCACCUCCCCAGGGAGAGGCCCUGCCGGGCCGCAGUGCCCCCGAGAACCCUACUGCACAGCAGAUCAUACAGCUGCUGCGAGAGAUGCAGAACACCCAGCAGCGCCCAGGCUUGGGCGACAACCCCUGCAUCCCUUUCUUCUACCGGGCUGAUGACAACGACGAGGUGAAGAUCAUGGUGAUCUAAGCCCGUCGCCAACAAGCAACAUCUGAAGCAAUGAGGCUGGGGGCUCUGCCCCCACCCUGUCCCCGCCACCCUAUCCUUCCUUCAUGUCCCCGCCACCCUAUCAUUCCUUCCCAGGUACCUUUUUUUCUCUACACUAGCAAGAUAGAACCCCUAAAAAGGGGUAUGAUAAGCCCCCUAAUGGGGAGAAAUAGGUGCAGACCCCCUUGCCACCUAGGCAAGAGCUGUAUCUUUAUAUCAGGACUCUUCGUGGUUCCAGAAAAACAAAGAGCCAGAGGCUCAGUAAGUUAAAUAGUUUAUUUAU